AGUUCACUAUUCGUAAUCCCUGAGUCACCAAGGUGGUUGGUUGUGCAGAACCGCGUUGAAGAAGCUAGGUCUGUUCUGUUAAAAACAAAUGAAAAUGAUGCAGAGGUGGAGGAGAGGUUAGCAGAAAUUCAAUUGGCUGCUGGAAAUACUACUGAUGCACAAAACCAUGAAGACAAGCCUGUCUGGCGUGAACUUUUAAGCCCUUCUCCUGCACUGCGCAGGAUGUUACUCACUGGGUUUGGAAUCCAGUGUUACCAACAGGUUACUGGUAUUGAUGCAACUGUUUAUUAUAGUCCCGAGAUCUUUAAAGCUGCUGGUAUGCAGGGCGAAUCAAAGCUUCUUGCUGCUACGGUAGCUGUGGGUGUUACAAAGACGGUAUUUAUACUUGUAGCGACUUUUUUAAUUGACAAAGUUGGAAGGAAGCCUCUGCUGUAUGCAAGCACAAUUGGGAUGACUGCAUGUUUGUUCACAGUGGCAAUCAGCCUCUCUUUACUAGGACAUGGAUCUCUGGGGAUUGCUUUGGCAAUACUGUCAAUUUGUGGAAAUGUAGCAUUCUUUUCUGUGGGGAUGGGUCCAGUUUGCUGGGUGUUGACAUCUGAAAUAUUUCCUAUAAGGUUUCGUGCUCAAGCAUCAGCGCUUGGAGCUGUGGGUAAUAGGGUGUGCAGUGGUCUGGUUGCCAUGUCUUUCCUCUCUGUUUCUCGUGCAAUUACCGUGGCUGGAACCUUUUUUCUCUUUAGUGCAAUUUCAGCUACCUCUGUUGCCUUUGUUUACAUGAUUGUUCCAGAAACGAAAGGCAAAUCUCUCGAGCAGAUCGAGAAGAUGUUUGAGAAAGGAUACGAGUCGCAAGGAGGUGAAGUGCAGCUUGGAGAUGCUGAACGUUUAAUGCAGAAACAAUAACAUUGGAUGCAUUCUUUGCUUGAGCCAGACCAGAAUGACUGUUGUGGAUAAUUUGUAAGCUGCAAGCCUGUCAAACUACAACCUGGGAUUUGUCAUCAGUUCCUUGCAAAGAGGAUUGAUGGAGAACAAUCCCUUUUGGGCAUCAAAGUAUCUGUUCCACAGCAUUGGUCCCUCCUAUUUAGUAAUCGAUGUGAAACCAUAGUCACAGGAAUACACUGUUGUUGUAGCAGCUGUAGGUUGUGCACAGUGAUAGCAGAUUACUCAGAGAGAUCAUCUAUUAUUUGGUACUUCCAUGAAUUUAUGCUUCACAUGAAUGCAAUCGCAUGUUUUUGUUAGAUUGAUUUGUAACAUCACAAGAAUAUUUCUGUUCGUACCUAGUAACUUCAAUUGGUGAUUCAGGCUA